AUGCGCACUUUUCUAACUAGCAUCCUCUUAGUGGUACUAUGUAUCACAUUUGCCAAUCUUCACGGAGGUGUUGCUGGAGGCAUUGCUUCUGCCGAAAUAGUGAAGAGAGACUCACCCACUCCAAUUGUUGAAGGUGACAUUGGAGGUACUGCUUCAGGAGCGGUUUUCAGAAGAAAAACACCUAAACCCAUUCAUGAAGGUGAUCCUAAUGCACCAGCUUGGGGCGCUGACAAUUAA